UGCCGCCCUCCCCGAGCGCCCACCACGGAGGGCUGGGGGCUCUGCGGCCAAAGGGGCCCCGGCACCGGCCGCGCUUCGGGGGCUUCUUCAGCGCACGGCGACUGCUCCGAGCACAGGCAUGACGGAGAAGGAAGUGCCGGAGUCACCAGCUUCACCCGCUUCAGGUGGGAAAGGCAAGAGCCGGCAGCUGCAGAAGCUGAAGCAACUUUUCCAACGAAAGCCCAAGGAGGAGCCGGCGCCGGAGCCACAGCCCAAUGGGGAGCUGGUCAGCCCCUCGGGGGGACCCAUCUACUACAUCUAUGAGGAUGAAGAAGAGGAGGAAGAGGAGGAGGAGCCCGAGCCCCCUCCCGAACCCGAGAAACUUGUUAAUGACAAACCCCACAAGUUCAAAGAUCAUUACUUCAAAAAGCCCAAAUUCUGUGACGUUUGUGCCCGCAUGAUCGUCCUCAACAACAAAUUUGGCCUGAGGUGCAAGAACUGCAAAACCAACAUCCACCACCACUGCCAGUCCUACGUGGAGAUGCAGCGUUGCUUCGGCAAGAUCCCUCCCGGGUUCCGCCGAGCCUACAGCUCCCCCCUGUACAGCGACCAGCAGUACGCGGGCACCAAGGACCAGCUCGCAAACAGGAGCGACCCUGUGUUCGAGACGCUGCGGACGGGCGUCAUCAUGGCCAACAAGGAGCGCAAGAAGGGGCAGGACGACAAGAAAAACCCCCUGGCUGCGAUGAUGGACGAGGAGCCGGAGGCCACGAAGCCGGUGGGGAGCAAAGCUGAGGGUGGUGCCUCUGAAGGGGACAAGAAGGCUGAGAAGAGCCCAACAGAUGACAAGAGCAAGAAGCCGCAGCCAGGGGGGUUCCUGCAGUCUCACUAUUUCGUGGCGCUUUAUCGCUUCAAAGCCCUGGAGAAGGACGACCUGGACUUCCCGCCGGGGGAGAAGAUCACGGUGGUCGAUGAUUCCAACGAGGAAUGGUGGCGGGGGAAGAUCGGUGAGAAAGUCGGGUAUUUCCCUCCCAACUUCAUCAUCCGGGUGCGGGCAGGCGAGCGGGUGCACAAGGUGACGCGUUCCUUCGUGGGCAACCGGGAGAUCGGGCAGAUCACUCUCAAGAAGGAUCAGCUCGUUCCCCUCAUUGGCUUCAUCAGCGUGGGCCUGGGCAGCGCAGUCCUGUACCUGCUGCGGCUGGCCCUGUACAGCCCAGAUGUCAGGUACGGCUUGAGGUGCCCUGGGCACCCCCAGGCUCUCACCCCACACCCCCAGAGCUUGGGGGGACCAGCCCAGGUGUGGUUCCAAGUGCUGGGGUGUCCAGACGCGCCUUCACGGUGA